CACCUGCUGCCCACGCUCACCUACUGGAGCGUCUUCUUCAGCUUCGGCCUGUGCAUCGCCUUCCUGGGGCCCACGCUGCUGGACCUGCGCUGCCAGACGCACAGCUCGCUCGCCCAGAUCUCCUGGGUCUUCUUCUCGCAGCAGCUCUGCCUCCUGCUGGGCAGCGUCCUCGGGGGCGUCUUCAAGCGGACCCUGGCGCAGUCGCUGUGGGCCCUCUUCACCUCCUCUCUGACCAUCUCCCUGGUGUUCGCCGUCAUCCCCUUCUGCCGCAACGUGAAGGUGCUGGCCUCCGUCAUGGCGCUGGCGGGCCUGGCCAUGGGCUGCAUUGACACUGUGGCCAACAUGCAGCUGGUGAGGAUCUACCAGAAGGACUCGGCCAUCUUCCUCCAGGUUCUCCAUUUCUUUGUGGGCUUUGGGGCUCUGCUGAGCCCCCUGAUCGCCGACCCCUUCCUGUCGGAGAACAGCUGCUUGCCGGCCAAUAGCACGGUCAACGUCACCUCCGGCCGUCGCCUCUUCCACGCCUCCAGGGUCCUGGGCCAGCACCACGCGGGGGCCUGGCCUUGGGCCAACCAGACGCUCCCUGGGCUGUCCCCGCCGGACGGAGCAGGAACCCGCGUGUCCUACGCCUUCUGGAUCAUGGCCCUGAUCAACCUCCCGGUGCCCAUGGCUGUGCUGUAUCUGCUGUCCAAAGAGCGGCUGCUGACCUGCUGCCCGCAGAGGAGGCCGCUGCUCCUGUCUGCAGAUGAGCUCGCCCUGGAGACACAGCCUCCCGAGAAGGAAGCCGCUUCCUCGCUGCCCCCAAAGGUUCAGUCACACCCAGCGCACGAGGACCUGUUCAGCUGCUGCCGGAGGAGGAACUUCAGAGGAGCCCCUUACUCCUUCUUCGCCAUCCACGUCACAGCUGCCCUGGUCCUGUUCAUGACCGACGGGAUGACGGGCGCAUAUUCCACCUUCGUGUACAGCUAUGCCGUGGAGAAGCCCAUGUCGAUGGGACACAGGAUGGCUGGCUACCUCCCCAGCCUCUUCUGGGGCUUCAUCACCCUGGGUCAGCUCGUCUCCAUCCCCAUCUCCUCCCGCGUGAGGCCGGCCACCAUGGUUUUCAUCAACGUGGUCGGCGCGGUGGUGACACACCUGGUGCUUCUCGCUUUCUCCUACAACGUCAUCUUCCUGUUCGCGGGCACCGCCUGCCUGGGCCUGUUCCUCAGCAGCACCUUCCCCAGCCUGCUGGCCCACACGGAGGACAUCCUGCAGUACAAGGGCUGUGCGACCACGGUGCUGGUGACAGGGGCAGGACUUGGCGAGAUGUCCCUCCAGAUGCUGGUUGGCUGGGUAUUCCAGGCUCGGGGCAGCUACAGCUUCCUGGUCUGUGGCGUGAUCUUUGCCUGCUUGGCUUUUACCUUCUACAUCUUGCUCCUGUUUUUCCACAGGAUGCACCCUGGACUCUCAUCAGUUCCUCCCCAGGACAGACCAUGCGGGACGGAAGGCUCCGAAUGCUACCAGAGGUAGAAGUGGGGGAAGGAGGCAGGCGAAUACAUCGGCCUCUCGAGCACCAGUGGAGACCAAAGCGUGGAAGAAAGCUGGCCGGAAGCGGAGGCCAUCGGUCCCCCGGCGCCUCGGUCAGGUCUUCUCCACUCAAUACUGGCGUAGAAGGAAUUAAAUCGCGUUCUGGUACCUGGGUCCUCCCUGGGCAAAUCAUUAGGAUUUUACUCGGCUAGUCCAGCGACUUCCCUCCUCCCUGGGGGGACUUGGUCAGAGCUGCCCAGGAUGCCGCUGGGGAGGAGGAGGAGGAGACUGUCACUUCACUCUACUGGCCGCCUCCUGCAUGGACCACACCCCAGGUUUGAAGAUCACUCUUAGAUGAUUUUGAAAAUACAGGUUGAAAUCAUAAAGCUUGAUGAUCACUGUUCUAUGUAGAUCUACUUUAAGUUAAUCAGAACCAACCCCACGUUCCUCCGUGGCAUGCUCCUAGGAUUUAUGUGCUUUUUCCUUAUUCACAGUCCAGAGUCCCCCAAAUUCCUGCUGCUGGUAUCAGUAGCUCAUCCAUGAUCUAAAACAGCAAAAGGAAACGUUGAAUCUUGCUUUCUUCGGGACACUAAUUCAGCGGUAUGCUGGGCUAGCUCCUACCAGUUUAUAAGAAAAAAAAAAAAGGCUGAUCUUUAAAAUUUCAUUUUGAGAGCUGUCUGUUAAAUGCGGCCGUUAUUAAAAUUUAAAUGAUAGAAACUUACAAUUAAAUUACAUUAAAGACGAAGGUAAUGCCUACUCAAAACUCAUCACUUCCUGAUUUUUCUAUGUCUGUGCUCUUGGAGGAAUUGAUGACUGUCGUGUCUGUAUUGUAGAAACACUAUCACUUUCAGUGAUGAGGUGUUGCUGACUCGAGGUCAGCCAGAGUGGGAGUAUUUACACCACAGAAAUCGGCAAAGGCUACAAAGCCUGGCUUUUCUCCCCUGGAGGUGCAGGUGUUAAACAUCUGCCCGCGCACCACUGCUAGUCAUCAGUGCGAACUGGUCCAGAAGCUGCCCGAGAGAAUGAGAUGGAUGUUCUAUUUUUCUUUACUGACAUUGACUAGCUUAUAAAAGGUGUAGAAACGGCUCUAAGAACUUCUCAAAAACAUCCAAUUUAAACUUUACUUCUAUAGAGAAAACAACUCUUUACAGGCAUACCUCAGGGAUAUGGCGGGUUCAGUUCCAGACCAUCGCAAUAAAGCGAGUGUCACAAUAAAGUGAG